UUUUGUCAGGGAAAGAUGGAUAUAAACAAGAUUUGUACGAAAAUUAAAGAAUUAGGACACAUUAACAGUAAACGUGACGAAUUACGUGAAUAUUGUAAACUAAAAUUUGAUCAGCUAGUUAGAUUUCUUCCACGGCGUUUAUUAAACAAUGAUGGGAGCGACUUAUUGGGUUGUAUACUCAGUGGUUUACCAGACAACCCCACUUCGAAGAGUAAAGUAAAGAUAAUAGACAUAGUCCUUGAAACAAUGCGGAAAGAGUCCACUUCCCUCACCCAUUGUGGUGAUGUGAUUAGCAGACUAUGCUUGGAGCUGCCACGACAGUCCAUGCCAGACUUAGUAUGUUGGAGCAAUGACAGUGUGCAGUCUAUUGUAGAUGAUAAAGAUGUUAAUAUGAUCUGGCGAGAUGUUCUCCCAGAAUGUCUAACUGCUCUGUCGGGCCACUCAACUAUUAAGCACUGUGGCUCAGACAUGACAAUGUUAGAGUAUAAGCAACAGUGUGUCCACACACUUUGCCAGUGCCGUUGGAAAGAGAAACAGUUGGUGCAAUUAGCUGCUAUGUUUAAAGAUAUGCAGCUGUCCCGCAAUGACCAUAGACAGGUGGUCAAUAAGCUGUGCUCAUACAUUGCUGAUAUACCACCUGUAGAGUUACCACCACUGGUUCAUCAACUGCUUAAACUAUGCAAAGUGUACCAUGUAGAGAUUAUGCUGGCCCAUCUGAGUCAUUACUUCAGCAUUCGCCUGUACAGCAAGCUGGAGCCGCCGCAGGACUCUGACGCUACUACCAUGGAUAUAGAUGAUAUUGUCCAGCACAGCCCGGCGGAGCUAAGUAGCUGUCUCUCAACUUGUAUCUAUCACAUUUCGCAAGGCGCGGCGGACCCGGAGCUUAUAAGAAAGCAUCUUAAGAUGUGGCCCAAAACACAGUUACUCCGAGCGCCUUUCAUGGUCGACUUGGCAUUGGCUGUUUCCGACAAAGGCGCAGAUUUUAGAUCUGUCUGUUUAGAUGUAAUAAAAGCGGCGAUCGAACAGCGUAUAAUAGACGUGAAAAGGAGCAAGGAGUCAGCGUGGGCACGCUCUGUUUUGCCGCCCGAUGUAGAUGUCACUAGUGUUCUCAAAGUGCUCACCACUGAAAGUGCCAACCAUCGCCAACUAACAGUAAUAGGAUUAAUUAACCUGGCGUUCUGUCUCCUCGGUGUGUCGAGGUUGAAACCCAGCGCAACCGCAUGUUGGUCGCACGGCAAGCUCAUCUUAGUACGACUAGCUAAGUCGCAGCCUGAGGCCGCCUCACACAUACUCAGUCUGUUGGCCGAUAGGCUGGCCACUGACUGUUCACAGCGACAGUACGCCGAAUGUCUCCACGUCCUGUGCGCACUAAGUCCAGUGUCCAUUGAGCGUUGCACCCAACUCAGCACCAUAUUAGAGAACUGCCAACCGACUCCAAAUGACUACAAGGCGGCAGCAGCUGUGUUAAAUGCUGUACAUCCAUUAAUCAAUUUCAGCACUAGAACGAGAGAUACUCUUGUUAUGGUGUGCCGUAAAGGAUUAUAUUCAAGGGACUCAAUGCACCGAUGUCUGGCACUAUCAGGCUUCUUGACCGUACUACGUCACGUGAAGAUAUCACGAACAUUUAGUAGUAGCCAGUCGUGCAGCGAGCAAUACAGCGCGCACUCCUAUCUCACGCAGCUCACCGUGGAUCUACAUUGUACGCAACAAGGAAACCAAGUAAUGUCACGCGUUCGGAAUGAAGCUAUGUGCAUGGAAGUAGUGUCCAUAUUACGGCGUUGUCUUCUACAAGAUGCCACUGUGAAACAAUUAUUAUAUACAAAAUUAUUUAGUUGCGCGAAAGAGAAACCGGUAUUACACGAAGCGAUCCUUGAGCUGUUAUAUGAACAUCUCAGCAAGUACCUGCCUGAUACCGAGGACGACGCAACAGGGGCUCCGUUGCUGUUGGACAAGUGCGUGCAGAUCAUGCCUGUAACCGCUAUUUUAAUUGAGCCUAUAUCUCGCCUCUUGUACUCAGUAGCUGAGUUCCUCCAAUCGGAAGAGGAAGACGACGAUAUUUUAUCCAGUCAGACCACUGAGUCCGGCACAGUCUACCUCAGAAAUAAACUAAGUAAUAUCAUGCAACAGAUUUCCGAUAGCCGAUGUGACUAUUUUGGAAUUAAUAUGGAUGAUCCCGGCUUAAUAGACCUAAGUCCCGAGUCGAAAUCAAAAGCAUUGAAAAUCCAACAAGCCUUGCAAUGCUACGAGGCUCUUAUCGCGCACCAGAUAAUGCAGUGGAACAUCAACAGCAACAACGCUGCCAGUGCUGUGUAUAGACUUUAUAAAAAUUGGAACCAACUGCUUGAGCAGACCAAGACACCACCAAAAUUGGGUAAAAAGAGUAGUAAAUCGACUCUCAACGAAACCAGAGAGACAGCAAAAUCUCAAAAGACACAAAAAUCACAAAAUACACAAAAAUCACAAAACGAUAAAGGCAAAGGCCCUACCAAAUUGUCUAAUUUGAUUAAAGACAGGGCUGGGCCUUUUAGGUCAUUGCCUUGUUUGUGGGAUCUGAAAUUGAGUUUGAGACUGGUAGAAUUAUUGUACAAUGAGAAUGUAUCCUGGUGUACAACGGAGCAACGCAAUCAACUGAGAUCACGUCGCGAUUUCCACCAGUGGGCGUUGCGGUGCAUUAUGAACGCGUUUACAGAAAAUGUUGAUAAUAAAACAAUUCGGCAAGUUUCCAGUAUUGCUGCCGUGCUUUACGCACGGUGUAUUUGCAGAUUUCAAGACAUGUGUGACUUCGACGAUCAGACUGCUUUGGGCUGCAUCGAAGUUUUCAAAGAAUGCCUGACAUUACUAUUUUCGCCAUCGUUUUCCUUGAAGUUAGAGAGCUUUUUACCUGUCGUUACAGACAUGUCGGAUGCAACACCCGCAGCAUGCGUAGCGGCGAUUCUUGAACAAAUAUGUUCAGCGUUAACCCAAGUCGAGGCUGAGAGUGACGUGGAAGAAAGGGACACAGUUGUGAAGAAACUGAUCUCCGCACUUGUGAAUACUGCCAGCGUUUUGCUAGAAGCUCCUGUUCAUUCUGCAGAAACCAUGAAUGUAAUAGUGAAACUGGAAGACUACGUCCGCACCAGCAAGCAAGACUGUCUGUUGCUGAUUCACUCGUUGUUGACUUCCGCCGGUCGAGAACAGCAUGAGGCUCAACUUAUUGAAGAUUUGUUGCUGAAGCUAGGCUCAGCGCUCGGCAAGAUUGAUGAAGAAGACACGACAGCAGGAAGAGAUGAUCCAAAUACUUUCCCAGCCAUAGACGCGCGAUCAGGGCACACAGUGCUGAAUUACAUUUGUGCACAUCUUAAUAAUAGACACAAGUGUACAGAGCAUUUAUUAUAUCGCGCUAGGGACCUAACAGCAGCGAUGAACAACGCUGUACUUGGAAAUGAACAGCGAAUAGAUAGAGAACUGAAAGAACUAUACAAGUCGAUAGUCAUCGAGUUGUGUCAAGUGACAAUAUGGACGACGAGAGCUGCGAAGCUGCGGUGCACCGUGGGCGCUGGCAGCGAUCGCGUCUUGACAGCUUGUGUGCGACUCUACGCGCUACUCUCCGCCUUUACCAGGCAGCUGGAUCCCGCCACGGCACGGCUCAUAUUUUUCGAACGCCUACUAAAACUAUGUGGCAAGAAACUAUCAGCAGUGACUGACAACUUAAUUACGUAUCUAGAAGCAUCGCAGCAACAGCAGAGCGCUAAUAAAGUUCUGCGAGAGACUAAGCUAAUCCCAAGACUUGUUUUGGAGGCGGAAUUGUUUAGCAAACACGUUAUACUCCUGGCUACCAAGGGCAAGUUCAACUACCAACAAUAUCUAUCCCUGGGCACUGCACGCGAUUUCCGCAUCAAAGCACCAGUGUUGCAAGAGGCUUUACAGGCAAGACAACGGGAGGAGAGAGACAAUGACGAGCAAGUUGAUAUACACGAUGCGGAGACGACCAUCCUAUCUCCACUACCGAGCGACAACGAGAACGAAGGAAGCGAUGAAGAUACUACACAAAGGAAACGAAGAAGAGUCUCCUAAUCUUUGUAUAUGUCAUUUCAUUGUGUAACCUUUAACACAAUUUUACACACAAAUAAAAUAAACUACAAGUACAACAUAAAUAGGUAUUAGUCUUUCUUAUAUAUUAUUUGAGAAUAAAAUUUUUGUUCCCAUAGAAAACUCUCAGUGCUCGAUAUUUACCUUAAAACAACUAAGGUGAAAUAUGAUCAUGCAAAUAUGAUCUUGUUAUGUUAUUAUUAGGAUGAUUCUCUAUAUUUUCACAAUAGUAAUAUUUGACUUCUCAUAUAAU